UCACUGUUCUGCUGCCUUUAUGCUCUCAUCACCCAGACGGUGCCCCUCCACUGUGUGUGUUUUUGCUGUUUGAGUGUGUUUGGGUGUGAGAGAGGGAGAGAGAGAGAAAGAGAGUAGGAAAGGAAAAGUGGAAAAAUGAGGACAGCCCAUUCUUUGUAAUGAGGUGUUAAACAGGGAAAAAUAUGGAAAUGGGCUGUUGCAGAAGCUAAAAGAGGCCUUAAAAGCAAAAGGUUUUUUUUGCUUCUUGAUGCCAUUGUUGUUGCUGAGUGAAAAAAGAGUCCAUUUUUAUCAGAUUUGUUUUUGAGCGCAUUUUAUCAGAUAUUUGUGAGUGGGAAAGAGAGAAUCUUUGGUGUUUCUGAGCCAUACUUCUUGCUGCUUUUGACUCUGCCUCAAAAGCUUUGAGGCGUAAAUUUCUUUGCAAAAAUGGUUUCAAGAUCUUAUUCCAACCUAUUGGAUCUUACUUCUGGUGAUCCACCGACAUUCAGCCAGGGAGGAAAAAAACUCUCUCGAGUUGCUACCUUACCAGGAAAGUUAUCUGAGCUCGAUGAGGAAAGUAGAAGUAAUGUCAGCUCUGAUGCUCAGUCUUCUGUUUCCGAAGAACGAAUGAUCAUCGUUGGAAACCAACUUCCCAUCAGGGCACAUCGAAGAUCAGAAGGUAAGGGAGGAUGGAACUUCAGUUGGGAUGAGGAUUCCCUUCUUUUGCAACUCAAAGAUGGACUCAGAGAAGAUGUGGAAGUAAUCUACGUUGGUAGUCUCAAAGAAGAGAUUGAUCCAAGUGAACAGGAUGAUGUAGCUCAAACUCUACUGGAGACUUUUAAAUGUGUGCCUGCUUUCAUUCCUCCAGAGCUCUUCAGUAAAUUCUACCAUGGCUUCUGCAAGCAGCACUUGUGGCCUUUAUUUCACUACAUGCUUCCCCUAUCCCCUGAUCUUGGUGGCAGGUUUGAUCGCUCCUUGUGGCAAGCUUAUGUUUCUGUAAACAAAAUAUUCGCUGACAAGGUAAUGGAAGUGAUUAGUCCUGAUGAUGAUUUUGUUUGGGUACAUGACUACCAUUUGAUGGUUUUACCAACGUUUUUGAGGAAAAGAUUUAACAGGGUGAAGCUUGGGUUUUUUCUUCAUAGCCCCUUCCCAUCAUCAGAAAUAUAUCGAACUUUACCCGUCAGGGAUGAACUUCUUCGGGCUCUUUUAAACUCUGAUCUUAUUGGCUUCCAUACAUUUGAUUAUGCAAGGCAUUUCCUUUCUUGCUGCAGUAGAAUGCUUGGAAUUUCAUACCAAUCUAAACGAGGUUAUAUAGGGCUUGAGUAUUAUGGCCGCACUGUUAGCAUCAAGAUUCUACCAGUUGGAAUUCACAUGGGCCAACUUCAAUCUGUCCUGGACCUUCCUGAGACAGAAGCUAAGGUUGCUGAGCUGCGCGAUCAAUUCACUGGUCAGACUGUUUUGCUUGGGGUUGAUGACAUGGACAUAUUUAAAGGAAUAAGCCUAAAACUCCUGGCUUUUGAGCAGUUGCUCACUCAACAUCCUGACAAAAGAGGUAAGGUUGUUUUGGUUCAAAUUGCAAACCCUGCUAGGGGCAGAGGAAAAGACGUACAAGAAGUCCAGUCAGAAACUUAUGCUACAGUGAAAAGAAUCAAUCAGAUAUUUGGACGAUCAGGAUAUCAGCCUGUGGUUUUAAUUGACACUCCGCUUCAGUUCUAUGAGCGCAUCUCUUAUUAUGUAAUAGCAGAAUGUUGCCUGGUUACUGCAGUUAGGGAUGGAAUGAAUCUUAUACCUUAUGAAUAUAUUAUAUCUCGACAAGGAAAUGAAAAGCUAGAUGAAACCUUGGGCAUGAACCCAUCAACACCAAAGAAAAGCAUGCUAGUGGUUUCUGAGUUUAUUGGCUGCUCUCCAUCUCUGAGUGGUGCAAUAAGGGUGAACCCAUGGAACACUGAUUCUGUGGCUGAAGCUAUGGAUUCUGCAUUAGUAGUCUCUCAAGCAGAGAAGCAAAUGCGGCAUGAGAAGCACUACAGAUAUGUGAGUACCCAUGAUGUUGCAUAUUGGGCUCGUAGCUUCCUGCAAGAUCUUGAGAGAGCUUGUAGAGAUCAUGUAAGGAGGAGAUGCUGGGGAAUUGGUUUUGGUUUAGGUUUCCGUGUGAUUGCUUUGGAUCCAAGUUUCAGAAAACUGUCAGUUGAACACAUUGUAUCUGCUUAUAAGAGGACCAAGAACCGUGCAAUUCUUUUGGACUAUGAUGGUACUAUGACCGUGCAGAGUUCAAUGAGUACAAGUCCCAAAGUAGAAAAUAUUGAAAUCCUAAAUAACUUGUGCAGAGAUCCCAAGAAUGUGGUUUUUAUUGUUAGUGGGAAGGACCGAAAGACUCUAACGCAAUGGUUUUCCUCUUGUGAAAGACUGGGAAUUGCUGCAGAACAUGGUUACUUUGUAAGGCCGGAACAAAAUGCAGAAUGGGAAACUUGUAUUGCUGUGCCAGACUUUUACUGGAAGCAGAUUGCUGAACCUGUAAUGCAACUUUACACUGAAACAACAGAUGGUUCUUUCAUAGACACCAAGGAAAGUGCUCUGGUUUGGAAUUACCAGUAUGCAGAUCCUGAUUUUGGCAUAUGUCAAGCUAAGGAGCUUCAAGAUCACUUGGAAAGUGUUCUUAAUAAUGAACCAGUUUCUGUCAAGAGUGGCCAGCACAUUGUAGAAGUUAAACCUCAGGGAGUGAACAAAGGCCUUAUAGCAGAACGCCUCCUAGCCACAAUGCGGCAAAAACAAAUGCUUCCAGAUUUUGUUCUCUGUAUAGGGGAUGAUCGAUCAGAUGAGGACAUGUUUGAAGUGAUAAUGAGGGCAGUUGCUAAUGCCUCUCUCUCCCCGGUUGCUGAAGUUUUCGCGUGUACUGUUGGCCAGAAGCCAAGUAAAGCUAAAUACUACUUAGAGGACACCCCUGAGAUACUGAGAAUGUUGCAGGGUCUUGGUGCUGCUGCUUCUGAGCAAUCAACCAAAGCCAUAUCUCCAUCUUCUCAACGAGUAAUCAUUGAGAAGGAAUGAGCAAAGGAGAGGGUUCUGUUUAGUUAUCCCCCUUAGAAAUGCAAAUUGCCUGUGCAGAUAGAUUAUUGACCUAUUGUGUAGUUUAUUUAGCUUCCUCUAAUGAGGGUUGAGUUUCAAAAUCUGGAAUUUCAUCUGCAGUCUGUUCUUGAAGUUUUAUGGAUUUAGUAUGUUGUUCAUCUGAGAAAUAUUUGGUUCCAUUAAUGUAAGUAAACUUUGUUGCU